CGUGAGCGGCUCUUCAUGUCGUAGCGGCAGUCAGCAAACAGACGAGCUGCCUGAUCAACAACAGUGGAUGCUUCGGAGAUCCAGGAAUUGGGAACUUCGUCGAGGGCUAUUAGUGAGGCAUUCGUAUUUAUUAAUAGGGAAACCCGAUAACGAGAACGGUGGACUCGUUGCAAUCCGACCCGCUGGCUUCAAACAUCCAAACGAUCGGCUUAUCGUCAUGUCCUUAAGCAGUGGAGUGAAGCUAACGAGGCUAGCCUAGCUCGGAUCAGGGCCCCCUCUCCUUCCUCUGUUCCCAUCUCUAGGCUGUUGUCAGCUCCACAGUCCCAGCUGACGGGACCGGGGAGGCCGGAUCGGGGUUCGUAUGCGGGCCUGGCCGGGUGGACGGUGAGGACUAGUGGUCGGACGGCUGUCUGUGUUAAUACCGGAGGUGAUACCCCUCUGGGAGUACUGGGAGGACUGGCCCAAGGUUGAGUCCGAUGCAGCUCAGCCACAUGUAAGUCGCGGUGCCUGUAGCCCUGGAGCUGUGAGAACCCACCACUAUGAAGAGUGAGGUCCAGUCUGACGCCGCAGGAAGACCGGAGCACCUGAAGGAGGCGCUGGUCCCCGCCGAGCCCCUGGACGCCGCCAAGAGCUUCCCCGGCAGCAUGGAGGUGAUCGGGAAGGCGGGGAGCGAGUUCGCCGCGCUGUGUGCCGACUCCAGGCACCGGACCCUGAGGGACACGGCGGCACGCAGAGACUCUGACAAGAGCCUGCCCGGCCGCAAGAAGCGCAAGAGCCAGCAGGCGGGGCCCUCGGACGGGCCCCUGAAGGAGGGGCGCGUCAGCGACAGCCAGCUUCCCCCCCAGCGGCCCCGGGUGGAGCUGCUGGAGCGGCCCAGCGAGGAGGAGCUCCGCCUGGAGUCGUCCUUCAGCGACUGCGCCUCGUCCCCGUCCUCCAGCCUCCGCUUCGGGGACUCGGAGACGCUGAGCUCGGAGGAGGAGCUGGAGGCGGGCGCGGCGGGGGCGCCGCGGAAGAGCCCCGCCGCCGCGCUGACCCCGGCGGCGGCGGCGGCGGGCGGGGCCGGCGGCGGGCUGCGGCCCGUGCUGGGGCGGACUCGGGGGAACCGCUCGCACAAGUGGGCGCGGUCAGAGGCGGAGCCGCUGCUGCUGAAGAGGCCGUGCCUGGGCGGGCGGCGGUCGCUGCACAGGAAGAGGGUGGUGAAGGCGGCGCCGGGCGGGCCCCAGCGGACUCAGAAGCAGAAGGAGCGCCUGCUGCUGCAGAGGAAGAAGAGGGAGGUGAUCGCCCGCAGGAAGUACGCGCUGCUGCACAGCACCAGCAGCUCCAGCGAGGAGCUGAGCGGCGGCUCCUCCUCGCCGUCGUCCACCGAGGUGGAGGAGGAGCUGUACGUGGACGUCAGCAGCACCAGCAGCCAGCCCGCCACCGCCGCCGCCGCCUCAGGUGUUCUGGACGAGGACGUGGUGGUGAUCGAGGCCACGCCCGCCCCGGCCCCGCCCGUCCCGGCUAGCGAGGAGAUCAACGUCACGUCCACGGACAGCGAGGUGGAGAUCGUCACCGUGGGAGACGGCUUCAGGUCUCGGCCUGUCGGCGGACUGGGCAGGAUGUGGGCCAACAGCUGCUCUCAGAGCCGGGUCGGGGAGGCCCGCGGACGCCACCGCCUCUCCACCGUCAUCCAGCCGCUGCGGCAGAGCGCCGGCGAGGUGGUGGACCUCACCGUGGACGAGGACGACCUCACCGUGGUCCCCACCACCUCCAGCGGCCUGUACCCCCAGACCCUGCGCUCCUCCUCCUCCUCCUCCUCCUCCCUCCACAUGGCGUCUACCUCAGAGCUCCUCGAGGCGCCCGGACCCUCCACUAGCUGCUCCGGCCCCGCCGACAGCACCCCCGCUCAGGGGCCCCACGGGGGGGCGCGCACGGCCACGGAGGGUGACGGGCGGCGAGGUCUGUCCGGCGCGGUGGGGGAGGGGGGCGGGGGGGCCGCCAUGCCCCGCCUGCCCUCCUGCUGCCAGCAGCACUCUCCCUGCAGGGGGCCGGGCUCCGCCCACCUGUCCCUGAGCCACGCCCACCACUCCAGCUGCUCCCAGGCCGCCUCCUCCCAGCACGGCCACGCCCAGGGCCCCGCCCACGGACCCGCCCACCACUUCCUGCACCACCUGCACCACCCCACGCCCCAGCCCGCCGGCAGCCUGGCCUUCCCGGAGGUCGGCUGCCCCGUGGAGCGGCCCACGCCGCUGCCCGCCCCCUGCUCCGGGGCCAACAACGGCGCCGGAGCAGGGGGCCCCGGCCACUACCACGACCAGCAGAACCUCCCGGUGGACCUGAGUAACAGCGGCGUGCGUGGCAGCGCUCCCGCCGGUUUCCAUGGCAGUAACUCGGCCUUCGACCCGUGCUGCCCGGGGUCGGCCUCGCGGCCGCCCGGGUUCCCCCCCCAGGCGGCCCCGGGGCCCGGCGGGGGGCCCCAGCCCGGAGGCGUGGACUCCUUCAGCUCCGCCCUGCUGGGCCCCGCCCCGCCCCAGGCACAGCUCUCCUCCUGCAGGCAUUACAUGCACGCCUCAUACGGCUCGCUGGCGCGCUCGCUCCACCACCACCCGUCCUCCUCCUCCUGCCCCCACUCCCACGGCAACCCCCCGCCCCCGCCGCCGCCGCCACCGCCCCCGGCGCCGCCCCAGGCCCCGGCGCCGGGCGAGUACGUCAUCCCCCACCCGGUGCACCCCUUCCACACGCCGCUGCCCUCGCACCCCUCCGGCCACACGGUGCCCCAGGCCCCCGCCCCGCCGCUGGCCCCGCCCCUCCACCUGGGGCCCCAGCACCUGCCCUCGGAGCACCAGGCGCUGCCGCACCACAUGCCGGCGCUGGGGGCCACGGUGCAGCGGCUGCACCAGCACGAGAUGCUGCAGCGCAUGGAGGUGCAGCGACGCCGCAUGAUGCAGCACCCCACGCGGGCCCACGAGCGACCUCCGCCCCACCCCCACAGAAUGCACCCCAACUACGGCCACGGGCACCACAUCCACGUCCCCCAGACCAUGUCCUCCCACCCCCGCCCCCCGGAGCAGCGGACCGCCUGGGAGCUGGGCAUCGAGGCGGGCGUGGCCGUGGCCCCCUACCCCUCAGGACACCUGCACCCCCACCUGCCCCACUACCACCCCCCGCCCCGGCUGCACCACUUCCCCAUCCCCUUCAUGCACACGGGCAUCUCUGAAGUGACCUACCCCCACAUCCGCUACAUCUCCUCUAGAAUAGCGGGCUUUGGAAGAACCUACGAGGACCUGCUGCACCUUGAGGAGCGUCUGGGCACCGUGAACCGGGGUGCGUCUCAGGGGACCAUCGAGAGGUGCACCUACCCCCACAAGUACAAGAAGAAGGUGUUGGAGAGAGUCAUUGAGGAACAGUUAACCCCUGAGGCAUGGUCAUCUAUUGGGAAAAAUAUUCCCGCAACCCCAGAAUCGAGGAAGCUGUUGGGAAAGCAGGAGGAGGAGGAGGAGGGAGCGGACGAAGAGGACACGGAGGAGAAGUGCACCAUCUGUCUGUCCAUCCUUGAGGAGGGGGAGGACGUGAGACGCCUGCCCUGUAUGCACCUGUUCCACCAGCUGUGCGUGGACCAGUGGCUGCUCACCAAUAAGAAGUGCCCCAUCUGCCGGGUGGACAUCGAGGCCCAGCUGUCGGCCGAGAGUUGAUGCUCCCCCCCCUUUGGUCCCGCUACAAAAAAAUGUUCUUUUUAUCCGUUGAUUUCCUUGAUUCUAUCAUUUUCGACUUUCUCUUCAGUACUGCAGUCAACCAAAGAUGGCAUGAAUGACCCGUGCAGCUCGGAAUCUGAGAGAGAGACAAGAACGUCGGACUAAAACAAUGAGCCCAGAGUGCCAGCCGUCACAUAUUCACACAAAGCUAGAAUUCCUCGUUAAGGAUUUAAAUUUUUAUUGUAUUUAUAAAAGCUUUUAUGUAGCUUUUGAUUGUUAACUCCAGUGUCAUGUCCUCCGUCGUCAUGCAUGUCUCCUUGCGAUGCGUUCCUUUGCACACCUGGCGGGCGCCAUGCCAACACCUGGCGGGCGCCAUGCCAACACCUGGCGGGCGCCAUGCCAACACCUGGCGGGCACCAUGCCAACACCAGGCAGGCGACGCUCGCAGCCGCUCGGGUAAACAAGCGUUCCUGUAGACCGUGAUGCCUUGCUUUACCGGAUCUCAAUGUCGGCCUCUGUUUGCAGGACAUUGCGGGAUUCAUCGUACCAAUCAGUGUAUGGAUUAGUUUAUGUUUUUAGAAGAUGUGGAUUGUUAGUGGACGGGACAUUUUCUUAAAGUGAAUCAAGACAUUCCUAGCGAGGAAGAAUCCGUUUAAGGUAUCGGCUGCUGUACACGUGCACACCCAGUAUUUUUACAGUUGGAAUAAUUGCCAAUGCUCACACGUUCACUCCCAGCAUUAUGCACACGCCUAGCCAGCGUGACCCCCCCCCACCCCCCACCCCGUCCCCGUCCCCCCUCUCCUCCCCCUCCUCGCCCCUCCGUUGAGCGAGACGGACACGAACUGACGGGUUCAGAGGAGGAGCCUGAGGAGAGGAAGGUCGCUGGCUCCAGGUUCUCGGCGCGACGGGGAUCUGUUCAGAGUUCGUUGUUUGUUUUGUUCCAAGAGGUCUCCUCCCCUCUGUGUCGCAGGCAGGCAGGGUGCCUCUCACCCACGUUAGCGGGGGUCGUACCGGUGCCGUUCCUCACCGACGUAGACACGGGAGCUCUCUGUGGGGCCUGCUCGAGGUCUUCAUCGCUCUGGGACAGAGACUGGGUUUGGUGGUGACCUGAUGUUGAUGAAGACUGUGUGGAGGGGAAAGGACACGGCACAAACACGGAAUCGAUGGCGCGUUAUUCUUUGGAUUCAGAACAUUGUAGUCUCUUGUCUCUCUGUAGUUAUGCGGCAGUCUUCUUUUCACUGCUGGAGAAAAAAAGAUAGUACUAAUAUAAUUCUUGACUAACUCACUUGCAUAUACUUGCACAAGAGAGAAAAAGUUAUGGGUGCAAAAGUGAAUCUGACGGUGUGCUGAGGCCAUGUAUUUCCACUCUUGAUGAAUAUUAAUAAAGAAGAGAACUAACAUUUUGAAUGAGUGUUGGGGAGCAGUACGUUAAGCAGGUAUUCAUGGACUCAUGGCCGACUGGAACCACGAUUAUGUUCUGUGGGAUUUAUAUUAGUUUUAAAAAAUAAUAUUAAUAAACUUGGAUAACUCUUUCUUGAGUGCUCCUUCCUCUG